AUGGCUACCGACCAAAAGGGCACCAAAUCGACGGCUACCCCUUCCAAAGAUGACCCUAAAACCACCACUACUACUACUACUACUGCUGCUACUCCCAACAAGGGCAAAGAGAAUGGCUCUUCUUCCUCAGCUCCCCUCUCCUUAGCUGCAAAGCAGGAAUCAUCUUCCACCCCAAACGAGAAAAAGGCUGCUACCCCCAAGACUUCCAGUAGCGCUACCAAAAACCCCUUGGAAGAUCCUCCCAUGGACAUGGCGCUUCUGUUUAAGGAAGCGGGGCCUUCCAAGACGGGGGACGCAGCCGAGAAUGAUUCAUCUUCCAAAAAGGCCAGCAACGAAAAACAGGAGGCUACCACUGCAGCUCCUCUAGUUUCCAAAGAUACCCCUGAGGAAUCUGCCGCAGAAACCUGGUACAACAACCUUCCUGCGGAGCACAAAUCUGUAGUAGAUAAGGGCAUUGAAGCCAUGUUCUACCAAGGGUGUCUGCUGGCUACUCAGCGGUCCUUCAACACGGUAGUCAAUCAGGCCCGACAAAACAAAAAGGAUGCAGCAGCUGCUCGGAAAAAGCAAAACAAAAAAAGCAAACGAGAUCAGCAAAGAUGGCAACGAGAAAAAGAUCAAAGGGAUUUCCCCAUGCAGGGACCUCCUCCUGGACAUGGACCACCACAUGGACCUCCACCUCACGGACCCAAUCACCCACAUCCACCACCUCCCUUUGGAAUGGAUCGUGGGGGGAUGGAUUACUAUGGAAGGGGAGGUGAUGGAGACAGAGGACCUGGUUUUCACGGGCCAAGAGGGCCGCCACCACCACACCACAACUAUGGAUACGGACCUCCUCCAGGUCACGGACCACCGCCACCUCACGCAAUGCAUGGACACGGACAUGGCCCUCCUCCGCAACGAAUGGGUCCCAUGGGCCCACCUCCUCCUCAUGGGCCACAUCAUGGCCCAGGGCCAAAUCACCCGCAUGGACCAGGUCCUGGACAUGGACACGGUCCUCCUCCGCCGCAUGGGUUCUUUGUCGAUGAUCGAGACCACUACUAUGGAAGUGGUGGUCGCUACGACGACCGCCCAAUGCCGGGAGAUAGAGGACGACAUACCCGCAACAGUCGCCGGGGAGGACCCGAUGGUCGACGCAAAGAAGACGAUGUCAUGAAUCAUCGCUCCAAUCGAGGAGGAGGUGGUGGUGGUGGAGGAGGAAGACAUCGAAGAUCAGGCUCAGAUGAUGAUGACUAUUACAACAACAACAACAACAACAACAAUAAUAACAGCAACAACAAUGGCAACAACAAUAACACUGGCAACAACACAAAUCUUCAGCCACCGGUUCCGCCUCCCCCGCCGCCGCCAUUUGAUGAUCGACGACGACGAUCCAGGAGUCCUCGAGGGCGCAGACGACGAUCCAGAAGUCGCAGUCCUCUUGAUGAACGGUCUUCCAGACGUCGAGUUGGUGGACGGCGAUCCUCUUCUCCUGGGAGGUGGCCUCGUGAUGGAGGAGGACGUGAUCGACGCAGAGACGAUUACUAUCAUCAUCAUGGCGAGGGAGAUAGUCGAAGCGGUGGCAGAUAUGGACGCCAUGGAUCACGCUCCAGAUCACCGUCCCUUCGCGGCAACCCUGAUGGCAAAGUUGGCAACAAACCAGACUUGGAACGCAAGAACAGCAUGUCGGGCAAUAGUAACAAUGGCAACAAUAAUCCCAAGAAAGGACCUGGGCCACACAAGGAUGGACCCAACAGCAACCAUCCACCCCCACACCAUCCACACCACCAUCAUGCCCCUCACCACCCAAUGAUGGACGGAAGAAACAAUAAGCCAGAUGUUCCUUCCGCUGUUGCCACUCGCUCGUCGCCUCGCCACCACAAAAAGUCCAGGAGGUCCGAUCGAGAGGACCAUCGUGAACGUGACCGAGAUCAUCGUAGUAGUCGCCGUGAGAGGGACAGAGACUCCAGUUCCGAUAGGCGCCGCCGUCGUCGCAGUCCUAGCUCCAGCAUUGAUUCCUAUCGAGAGCGAAGGAACAGUCGAAAGCGCGGAAGUAAGCGACACAAAGAUGAUAGCAUGGACGAAGAUUCCAAGCGAGGCGAUGACGACGACUCCUACUCUUACCGAGAGAGGGACGACCGACCUCGAACGAGGAGUCAUCGCCACCGCAGCGAAAGUCCAGCCUAUUCGGACGAUAGUCGUGAGCAUCGUCGAACCCGGUCGCGACGAAGCAAGCGCCGGAAAAAGCGACACCAUCACCACCAUCGCUCGCCCAGUUCGAGUCCGUCGGAGCGAAAGAGUUCGUCCAGCCGAAAAAGGCACAAACGCGACCAUAGCCGCAAAGAUAGACGUGACAAAGACACGGGUCCUCAGGGUGGCACAGUUAGUUCGAUGGAUGACUCCAUGGCGGACAAAAAGAUGCAUACCAAUGAAGAAGCGGAAGGUGGAAAGUGAUGGCAUUUGAGAUUGCUCAUCCGAAGCGAGGAAAUGAUGUUAUAAUGUGGUGGUGGUUGUGCAACGUGCCGUGCUAGCUAGCCCAGUUUGUUAUGACAUUCUUGAGCAGCGCUAAUAAACUGUAGAAUAUGAUAAUACAGCCCGCAAACACACUAGCCAGCUUCUUCUACUAGUAGUUGCC